UUUGCAGGAUGGCAGAGACGCAGGCUUUGAUGGAACGGCUGGAAAGUGCUGUAGUUAAGCUUGAGUCGUUGUUGACAAAUGUACACAAGGUUGCUGGAAUGGAAUGUGGAACUGUCAAUGGAGUUGAUGGAGGUGUAGCCCCCUAUGUUGAAGCUUUCGACAGAAUCCUGAACGGCAGUGUGGCUGAUUUUCUAAGGAACAGUAAGAUCCUUGAUGGGGAUGUGAAGAUACAUGCAGAAAUGGUCCGUGCAGCUUUUCAAGCACAAAGAGCAUUUCUCUUGAUAACUUCGCAAUAUCAAGAACCUCAAGAGAGUGAAGUGGCCAUUCUUCUAAAACCGAUAUCAGAUAAGAUCCUGGAAAUUCAGACGUUCCGAGAGAGAAACCGAGGAAGUAAAAUGUUUAAUCACCUGUCGGCUGUUAGUGAAAGUAUACCAGCCCUCGGAUGGAUAGCGGUGGCUCCUAAACCAGGGCCCUAUGUCAAGGAGAUGAAUGACGCUGCUACCUUCUAUACCAACAGGGUGUUAAAAGACUACAAACACAGUGACUUGCGUCAUGUUGACUGGGUGAAGUCAUAUUUGAAUAUCUGGGCAGAUCUUCAAGGAUACAUCAAAGAACAUCACACUACUGGGCUUACCUGGAGUAGUACUGGCCCAAUUGCCUCAGCGGCAUCUCUGCUGUCUACGCUAGCAAGCAGCCAGACUCCUCCUCCUCCACCACCACCACCACCUCCUCCUCCACCACCACCACCAGGACCUCCUCCAGUUUUUGACACUGAGAAUGCAAAAGAUGAUGCCACUGCAACUCGCUCAGCCUUAUUUGCCCAGCUGAACCAAGGAGAAGCAAUUACCAAAGGACUUCGCCAUGUUUCUGACGACCAGAAGACUCAUAAGAACCCCAGUCUUCGUGCCCAAGGAACACUGGUUUGCUCUCCUACAAAAAACCAUAUUUCAAGUCCGAGUCCCAAGACACCCCCUCAACAGAGCCACUGUCCGGUGUUAGAACUUGAAGGAAAGAAGUGGAAAGUGGAAUACCAGGAAGGCAAGAAUGACCUUUUAAUUACUGACACAGAGCUAAAGCAAGUUGCUUACAUUUUCAAAUGCAACAAAUCUACAUUACAGAUGAAAGGAAAAAUCAAUUCCAUUACAAUUGACAACUGCAAAAAGUUUGGCCUUGUGUUCGACAAUGUUGUGGGUAUUGUUGAAGUGAUCAAUUCCAAGGAUAUUCAGAUACAGGUACUAGGGAAAGUGCCAACCAUUUCAAUUAAUAAGACUGAAGGCUGCCAUAUAUACCUCAGUGAAGCAUCAUUAGACUGUGAGAUUGUGAGUGCUAAAUCUUCUGAAAUGAACAUCCUUAUCCCCAAAGAUGGUGAUUAUAAAGAAUUCCCUGUUCCUGAACAGUUCAAGACAUCAUGGGAUGGAUCCAAGCUGGUCACCGAUCCUACAGAGAUUGUGGGUUAACUUGCCGUUGCCAACUAGAAACCACCGACCGCAGUCUCCAAAGAAGUUCAGCCUAAAGAAAACAACAGCAUGAAGAACUUGGAGUAGCAUCAGUUUGUACUACAGUUCUAGGCCUUCAGCAGGCUACUUUUGGUGCCCUAGAAGCCAUAGGCUGCAUUACAUACACUGUUUUUCCUCCACAGAGAUCCUCUCUAUGUAGUUGAAAAACAAACAUGUAUACCAAUAUACACAGUCAUAUUUGAGAAUGGCAUUAAUGUUUAUUUUUGUCAUAGUUACAGGUGUGUGGAAGCUGCUCCACACAGCUUGGGACAAUUUGUUUGUAGGCAUCCUGAUCAUUCUUAAAAUUUCCACAGUUUUCCUUUAUUUUCAGGUAGGUUCUACACUAUGUCAUGCGAAUGUAUACAGUUUUUUAAAACUACUCAAUUCAGGUUAUUGGCUGUUUCGCUGCAUACAAAAAGCCAAAAGUCUGCAUGAUACACUUUUGUCACAUGUUUCAUUGCAUUCCUUUUUAUGCUUCAGCUGGUCAAAAAAAAAAUCUUAAUAUGGCAAGAUGUUAAUUUUAGGUUUGAAAU